CAGAAGUCGCGAACGCACAAUACAUCCAAAGAAUACUUUUCACUCAGUUAACCUAGCCACACCUAGGCUGCACGCUUAUGGCCUCGUCAAAGCUCAACCAUCUGGCACCGGAAUUCGUGCCCGGGUCUGUUAAGUCAAACUCAAGCCUAUCUGGCUAUGGGCAGGACACGCCUUACUUCUACGCUGAUCCUUCCUACGAGGAGGCCGUAACUUCCGAGGAACUGGAGGAACUCGAGGCAUGCGAAGAGUGGGUGCGGACGAUGGCAGAGCUUGAUGAGAUGGAGCGAGAGCACCUUAUUGCUACCGCACUCUCUGAGGCCGAGCCUUCCCAGAUUCUUGAGGUAGAGAUGCGCGCGUUCUCAAUGGACGCAGCGGGGAAGCGCACACAAGUGGCGAAGCGCAAGGGGAAGAAGCACUGAGCGCGAGUCUCCCGCGCCCGGGGCUUCAAGCGGCUCCAGCCUUGACAUAGUCGUCAAUCUAAGAGCAGGUUUCUUAUUUCGCCAUCCUUGAAGCAUAAUGGUCAAGCUAGUAUUGUGCGCCUACACAACGCUUGUGUGCUAAGAUGUCGCCGUGUGUGUUUUGAUUUUCGGUGCAUUGCGUAAGACCCCGCAAAUGUAGGCAGAUGACUCCAGUGCCCGGACCCAUUUUAGGACCUUCCUACCAAGCGCGCUUAAAAAGCAUAGAUCACCUCUCGGGACCACCAGACGAUGCACCAUACCUUGGCUCUGAUGCCCCCUUUCGGAUGUGAAUGCGGAUUGGUUGCAUCGUUUUUGUAGAGGCCAAAAUCAUAAAAAUCUGUACAAAGGGGCGGUUACUGUAUCAUUGUUCACUGUUGCUAAAAUAUACGUAGCACGUGGCGCCGCUCCUAGCUAGCGUAUGCGUUUCAAAAUGCGUGUUGAGAUUCACGUGGUAGCCGGUUGUAGCUCAUUAAAGCUGUAUAUGCAGCCUUGGUUCUCAGUUGGGGCCGCAUUUGCAGGCGCUAUGUACAUACCCCCCUUAUUUUUCUAUCUUUUUAUGCACGUACGGAUUUGUGGAUAUGGAAGCUUGGGCCGGGCAAGCUUGGCAAAACAGCGUAGGCAACCAUUUUGCCUACUGUUCUUUUUACAU